AUGGAUUCAGUUGCAAAUGAUCUUACAAAUAUUACUGCCAACAUCAAUAACAUUUCAAUGUUGAAUGACACAAACUUCAAGUCUUGGAAAGAAAACCUCUUGAUAGUACUUGGAGUAAUGGAUCUCGACCUUGCGUUAAGGAAUGAUUCUUCCCCACCUCUUACAGAUCAGAGUACCUCUGAUGAAAAGAGAAAUAAUGAGAGGUGGGAGAGAUCAAAUCGCUUGUGUCUGAUGAUCAUUAAAAAGGCCGUUCCAGAAGCAUUCAGGGGAACAAUGUCAGAAACGACUGUAACCGCUAAAGAGUUCAUUCAGGACAUUGAAAAAAGGUUUGUCCAGAACGAAAAGACUGAAGUUAGUACGCUCUUGACAUGCCUAGUUUCAAUGAAAUAUAGUGGUAAAGGCAAUAUCAGAGAGUACAUCAUGGAGAUGUCUCAUCUUACUUCGAAAUUGAAUGCACUUAAGUUGAAACUCUCUGAAGAGUUAUUAGUGCAUUUGAUUCUAAUAUCUCUUCCUACACAAUUUAGCCAGUUUAAGGUGAGUUACAAUUGUCAAAAGGAGACUUGGUCUCUAAAUGAACUCAUCUCACACUGUGUAGAGGAAGAGGAAAGGUUGAAGCAAGAGUAG